GAUCUACAAAACGAUUGGGCAGUGGCUGCUAUUACGGUGUUUGGUGGUGAUAGUCAAUUGCCCAGGAUGAAUAGCUGGAAAAUCAGUUAGCUCGAGCAAUGUAGCUGUCUUUGGGGUUAUCUGAGCCGUGAUUGCUAAUAGAAGUUUUGGAGCCAAACAGCAGAUGACAGAUGAACGUCUAACAGGCUUGUUUCUUAUUAGCAGAAAAUGACGACGGCUACCCUCAGGUCGGCACCUAAAUAUGGUAAGCUAAAUGUACUGGUCACCAAACUUCAAGACUAUCUGGCUCACGUGGCUGAGGAAGAUGAAGAAGAGGAAGCAUCCUCAUCACCACCACAUGUUAAUGGUUUGGCGACUGACGACACAAUAGCGCUACAAACUGCUCAUGAAACCGUAAAGGAAGAGCCCAGUUGUUCACAUGAGGCCGAACGACCGAAGGACACCAAGCAGGCAUCCAUUGUUCGAUCCAGGAGGAAGCCGCUAAAAGUAAUCAGGCAUAGUGGUCUCGAUGAGUCUGACUGCUCAGAUGCCGGAAGCACAGCCUCCAUAGAAUCCAGCGACCUCAAUUUUGACUUUCUACCAAAAGGGACGGUUAUUGUGAAACCAGAGCCUGUGGAUGAUGAGGGCGAUGAGUUCAUUGGGCCUGAAUUCGGCAGCAAAACACGGAGUAGGAUGCUGAGACAGACCUAUGGACUGCAGAUAGUGAGCUGUACAGCCUGUGGACAGCAGGUCAACCAUUUCCAAAAAGAUGCCGUCUUCAGACACCCAGCCCUCAAAGUGCUCAUCUGCAGGUCCUGUUACAGGUACUACAUGAGUGAUGACAUCAGCAAGGAUGCAGACGGCGGCGACGCCCAGUGCAGGUGGUGUGCGGAGGGCGGAAGUUUGAUCUGCUGUGACUACUGCACCAACGCCUUCUGCAAGAAGUGCGUGAUGCGCAACUUCGGCCGCAAAGAGUUGACUGGCAUCCUAGACGGCAAUAGCAAAUGGCAUUGUUACGUGUGCCGCCCUGCGCCUCUCGUUAGGUUAGUGCUGGCGUGCGACUCCACUCUUCAAAAACUGGAAAACGCCGGACUGACACGGGCGCGCUUGGAACCACCUCCCGGAGCAAAGAUAGUGGAUCGCAGGAAUAGGAGAGAGUAUCGGCAGGCCAGCCAAGCCAGCCAGCCAUCGGUCCUCUCCGCCGGCCUCUUGCAAAGGACGCAACGUCUCAUCGAGAUGACCUUGGCACUUAACCAGUCGUUUGUGUACUUCCUACAAGGCAACGACGAGGACAGCAGCGAUGAGGAUGAGGAAGAGGAGGAGGACAGGACAGCAAAGUUAAAGGACUAUUCCAACGUUCCUGUGGACCUGCAGAAUGCCUAUGACGCCUUGCAGAGCGCAGUGACGACUGAGCUUCGCAGGUUCGGGCACGAAAGCCCAAAGACUCUGUACAGUAGCACCUGCGAGGAGCAGAAUGUUGAGUCUAAAGCCAGUGAAGGUCAACCAUCAGCCGUGGAGGAGGAGGUAGAGAUUGUGGACAUUCAGCCCUCAGAUGAGGAAAGCAGAUGUUCCCUGUGGGUGCAGGAAACACCAGUCCAAGAAUCCCUGGACAAAAGCGUGGAGGCAAGCGUCAUGUUGCAGGUGGAGAAUAUCUCAGCUCCUGACCAGGAGACGACCCGAAACGAGAAAACGGGGGCUCCUCAUCACCAGUCCUGCUCUCCUACGUACUCGUCGUGUUCUGCCUCCUCUGUACCACCUAUGCCUGUGCCGAUAAAGGCACCGGGCAGACCGCGGGGCCGACCCCGCAAGCAUCCCAAGUUACCCACGCCAGCGGAGAUAUCGUGCAACAGUUCGUCGAGUGAAAAUGGAGGCUCUUCCUCUGAGAACGGCGGUGACGGUUACUAUAAAUGCCAGUACCGCGCAGCCAAAGGUGUCGCCACACUGAAAAGCAGGAGCAUUCGGUUUUCAUCAGGCAUGGACCUGCAGAGCGUUCACUGCACUGCUUGUGGAGAUCAAGUUAAUCAGUUCCAGUGGGAUGCCAUCUAUAGACACCCAGCCCUCAGAGUACUUAUUUGUGAGUCCUGUUACAGGUACUACAUGAGUGAUGACAUCAGCAAGGAUGUAGAAGGGGGAGAUGAGCAGUGCAGGUGGUGUGCCGAAGGAGGAAACCUAAUUUGUUGCGACUACUGCACGAAUGCCUUCUGUAAAAAGUGUGUGCUGCGCAACCUCGGCCGCCAGGCCCUGUCGCACAUCCUGAACGACGGCAGGAAGUGGUUCUGCUACAUCUGCAACCCGAAGCCCCUGGUGGGGCUGGUGCUGGCCUGCGACGCCACCUUUGAGAACCUUCAGAACUUGGCAGCCAAAAGAGCCCGUCUGGACCUGCCGGUCACGGACGGCUUCGCCCAGAAGUUUCAGUACAGCCACCCUCAGGACUUCAGUGCCUCCGUUCACCCCUCCGAGAGGAGCCAGCGUCUGGUCGAGGUGACCACGGGACUCAACGAGUCCUAUAUGCAAUUCAUGCAGAGCUUCCGAGAGGACGGCUUUGAGGAGGACGAGCAGCAGGAGGACGGGGCGCUGAAACUGAAAUCGUACUUUAGUAUUCUUGUAGACCUGAAGAAGGCUCAUGACGCCUUAAAAGAGACAGUUGAAGGAGAAAUGAAGAGACACACGCUUCAAGGCACACAGGCCACAGCCACAGGCUGCCUAACUGACUGUACAUAGAAGAAUGGACUUGAAUAAAUUAAGGCGGUUUGAAACAAACUGAAUGGGAUGUCUGUUUACAUUAUAUUGCAUUACAUUUGGCGUAAUGUGGUGUUAGGUGCCUUGUUCAAGGACACUUUGGAUUUGUUUUUUGCAAAUCUAUUUUCUACUGUUUGUGAUAAGUGAAUAAGGCUAACCAGUGUUUUCUGGGAGAGCUUCAUUUGAAAACGGGAGAUGCUGUCUUUUUGUUCCAUUAUCUAUGUUCUGUUCCGUUAUGUUCUUGACCUUGGGGAAAAAAGGUCCACCACUCCAAGAAUUUAAUAUUAUAAAAAUAUCCUAUUACAAAAGCCAGAGUUUAUUUGAGAAUGAAAAUAAGUGAUGAAAGGAAAAAUUGUAACCUUAAAAAACAAUAUGACCAAGCAGUAGCUUAACUUGCCAAAGCUGAAGUCCUGUCAGAUCAACACUAAAUGUUUUACUGUGAAAAAAACUUGUUAAAUAGUAAUUGAACAAAGAAAAUAAGUUAUUAAAUAUUGAGUCUGAAAUUUCAAGCAAAAACGUUUUUUGAUUUGUAUAUUUAAAAUAAAUUGAAGAUACACUUUGUAUAUAUAGUGUUAGCAUGGCCCAACCUCUUUGGAGUGAUAUAAGGAAAUUCUGGGCUCUGUUGUGGGUCCAAACCCUGGCUGUACAGAGGAAAAACAACCAUCAUCCCCUCAUUAUUCUAAACAUAAAUUACCUAAAACAGACAGAUGUAUUUGACAUGGUUUGAGAUGUCGUAACUGCACAAAAAUAUUCCGUUGUUAUAUGAUGGCACUUGCCAUGAAACUUGAAGAUUUCAUGGAAUGUCAAAUGUCAUGCCCACUCUGGAGUACAGGGUUCUCUCGUACCAAUUAAAAAACGGACAAUUUUCAAUGUGAAAAUGCGGCAUGGUAAUGUGUUUUGACUUUUCCUGGAUGUGCACUGACUGUCCUUACCAGUUUGGUGUGCUCACUCAAUUAACACUGGGUUAUGUGUUUCUCAGUUGAACAUUUACACUGCCACUUGUGUAAAAGAAAUAUCUGGAUUGUUCUGUGCACCUAAUAUCAUGUAUCCACUGCCAGAGUAGAGCUUAGAUUUAGUGAAGGAACAGUUUUUCUAACUUAAAGGUGCACUGUGUAGGAUUGUGGCCAGAGUAGCAAGUAUGCUUUUCAUUGAAACUGUGCUGCCUAUUGCCAAAUUUGGUCUAUUCAUGAAUAUUUACUAAGUAAUAAACUCAGUACAGUGA